AUGGAUAAAACGUACCAUGCGAUACAAGCCGCCAUGCUGGAAGGAAAUGUGGAGCAGUUAAACCAGUUACUAUCGUCGUGUAACAUUACCGAUGGGCAGAUACAUUUGCAACUAUCCGGACCGUACGCUGAACUGAAACAUCGCAACAUAGUCCUAUCGGAAGAAAUGGUACACUUUGUCGAGUAUGAGCUUGUGAAGGGUAGCUAUCAAAAUGCUUCCAAUGCUUAUCACUCGACCGAAAAUGCUGCCACGGCGAAGAGUACGGAUAUUGCGAAUCGUAUUGCGCAUAUGGUGCAGUGCAUCGAUCUUAUCAUUACCGAUCACAAGCCGGACUCGUAUACGGAUAUUGAUGAAUGGUUGGUACUUCGUUUGCGCCAUAUCUAUGCCCAUGUGUUCUUUCUCAAAACGCACCUACGCAAGUUGCCACUGCUGCAGUUGCAGUUCUGUAUUGCCGUAUUUCUAAAGCUGGUAACGGGCAAACCGAUUAAUGGUUUCGAUGUGUACGCGUUUACCAUCGACAAAGAACGCAUAUUUCGGUUCCUGAAAAUAACUCGGAAUGCCGUGACGAAGGAUAUGAAGCCGGCGGUAAGCCUGGAUCAGUAUGUACUAUACGUACGCCAUUUGUUAAAUCGUGCUACUGAAACGAAGCUCUCUGGUGUUCCGAAACGCAUUCGCACAUUCGUUCAGCUGCAAGUGAAAGCACUUAAUCCCUCCAUAUUGGAAGACAUGCGGAAGGAGGUUUCCUUCGCUGAACUACCACCACCAUCCAAACAGACAUUAAAAUCGUUGUACGAAAAAACGAUCGAUUGGGACCAUCGAAAGCGAUCGAGUCGAACGUUCAAGGAGUUACACGAAACGUACUUCAUCAUGAAGCAGCACUAUUCCCUUCGCAAGCUAAUAGCAUACAUCGACGGCAUGCGAGAAGGUCCUUGCAAUGAUCCACCGCACAAGCAACCGCCCGUACCCUCGCCCACACGAAUCCGUGCGAUUAAACGCACCCUGCAGGUGAUUGGAGAGAUGAUCAAGAGUACACGCGAAUCGCCCAACAUAACGGCAAAACUAAAUCGAAUUCUGCAACUGAUCACAUCGGAAGUGUUGGCGGAACGGACGAAAGAUUUGAGGCAAUUUUUUAGCCACGGUUAUUCGCUCGCCAAAUGGGAACUGGAAGAGGAACGGUGUGAUCAGCUGGGGGCGGUGUUUCAGAAGAUUGAAAUCAAUCUUCGUGAAGCACGCCGCUGGUUCGUGUACACACAAACGCAACAAAAUCUCUUAAUCUAUCGACGAUAUUUAGCCUAUCUGAAGGGGUUCCGAUCGAUCGAAGCGCUGCGUAGCUAUAUCGCUUUCAUUGGAACGGAAUUUAAGGGCAGUUUAAUUGAGACGUACCUUCCGGAGCAGCUCACGGAGGCAAAGUUACUGGUGGAAUACAUGUUGGGCAGCUCGGAACCUACCGGUACUGUUAUUGAUCCAGCAACGAGGGACGAUUUGAUGUAUAUAGUAAAGGAUCUGAAACUUCGCAUCGAUGCUAUUCGUGUAGAAAAUGCAUCACUUGGGCAAACGAUCGAUGAGUUCUUUUUUCUGGAAGGCUACAUUCGUCAACCAACGGCAACGCUUAACCGCGUGCAACAAACCGUCGACUACAUUCUUUCAAAAACGCAACUCGCUAGACGUCACAAGUUGGUACAGAAAACGGAUUUGAUGUAUGCACGCGAAUUGCUGACCCGUCUACAGAUGGCCGAAACGGACGAAACGCGCCGGUACAUGUGGAGCGCCAUCUGGACACGCUUAUCUAAGGAACAGUUUGGUGGACUGGAUACACUGUUGGAACGAACAGAGCAUCGCGUCGAUGUGGCACUCGAUGCAACGGUCAAAACGAUCCAAGCACUUCAUCUCCCACUGGAAGAUGACGAGUAUGUACAGUUUGUGAACCGCCGGCUAGCGAAAAGCUACUACGAAAAUGUGUUUGUACUGGAUAACAAAUAUCGCGUGCUGAAGGAGAUCGUGAAGGAUCGCCGAGCGCAACAGACAUCUAACGUACGUGGCGUGCUGGAAAAAUUAAAAGAACUUCGAAAAGAGGACGAACACACUUUUCAGCAUAUGUUUGACGGAUUGCUCGACAGCAUGAAGCACAUAUUGGGCAAUUGCGAUCAAACCAACGGCAUCUUACCUUCCAUUACCGAUCAACUAGCGCUCGAGUAUUGCCUGCUGGAAGCAUCGGAAAUACUUUGUAGUUUAGCUCUAUUUCGUGAUAACACAGCCGACCUAGCGACGAUGCCCAUUCCGGUAAUUACGGGGCGCAAUCUGAGAAACUAUUUGGCACACGAUAUGCUGGCGUACGAUACACUAACUGCCUGCGCAAAUGCUGUCGUGCUAAAUGCACGAUAUUUGGUGGAAAAUCGAUUUAAAUUGUAUGGCAACUCGGGAACAGCGACACCAAGGACCAAGGUUAUCGAUUCCGGAGAAGUGAUGAAAAAGAUGCAAUUUCAGGAAAUAUUUCAGCAUCAAACCGAGUGGACACACGAACUGGUUGAGUUUUUCCAAAUUAUUAAAAACUUUCAAACAGCCGUCCUACAGCAACGUAUCCUCGGCGCAAAAGAAACGCAUUCCAGCGUUGAUCUGCUGCUUAUGGGACGAAACUUUCUCGAUCAGGAAAUUGUAUCCAUUGCACUGAGUGCAAAUCCUUCCCAAUUUGCUGGACAGCUGCUGAACUUUGAAGCCAAUAGUUCUAAUUUUUUUCAUAUUCUCAUAGAGUACUUUAAAAAUGACGAUCUAGUUCAAAAGAUAAGGCAGUUGAUUCACAGUCCCAAAGUGUUUUGCACCAACUUAGCGCUAAAGUACGGAUUAAUUGAUGUUUUACGAUCGUUGUGGUACCGAAUCAAUGAAGAAGCGAUGAAAUCGAUCAUUACGACCGAAAUGUCUACCAUCUUUAUGCGUCAUUCUUCAGAGCUGAUACGGGAACUUGUACUGCUGUUUCCUGCGACAUGGUUUGUAGAGCUGGAGGAUCAUCUCGGAAAUACGCUUCUUCACUGGACGGUGCUACGUUCGGAUUUGGAGCUGUUGCAAUUUGUGUUGUGUCGCUUCAAAAUGCUUUUCAAAACGAAAAACAAAUUCGGUGAUGUUCCAUUACUGAUCGCCGUCCGAUACCAUGCGGAUGAGGUAGUGCAACUACUGCUAGAUCACGGUGCUGAUCCAUGGAUCGAGCCAAAAAUCGUACAAACGUUAGCAAUUCAAAACAGACAGCAACUAUUGCAGCGAUUUCCUGUUGAUAUAGGACGAAUCGUAGCUGGACAGGCGCACGGAUUCCGCAACAAUCCACUAAGGGCGGCCAUCGAAGCGAACAAUUACGAAUUGUUCGUGACGCUGCAUAAACAGUUCAGGUAUGAGCUCCAGAAAGGCGACCUGCUUCAUUUAGCGGCACGUUUAAAUAGGGUUCAAUUUCUGGAGUACAUACUGACUGCUGAGGGAAAGAUCGCAGUGGAUUCCAUCAGUCAAGAUAUCUCAUUCACCCCACUCAUGGUGGCAUGUGCCUCCGGACAUUUCGAAGCCGCACAGCUACUGCUACUACAUGGCGCGGAUGGACUAUUUCAUAAUGAAAAUAAUACCAGCCCCUGGCAUUGUGCUGUACAUGGCGGGAAAAGGAAUAUCCUUUCCUUGUUACUAUCCACGCCAAACAUGAACGUGAAUGCGGUCACUAGAGAUAAACGCUCUGCGCUAAGUAUCGCCAUCGAAUCCGAUCAGACUGAAGCUCAAAUCAACUUCCUGCUAACUACUGCCGGCGUAACGGUUGGCUCGGAGCACGUGUUACACGCAUCCCUACACGGAAAGCGAAACAUUUUGAAGCUGCUAAUCAAUCGUCAGCCAGAGCAUUUGUUGGCGAAGGAUUUUCUGCAGCGAAGUCCAUUGAUGAUAGCAGUCAUUUUGAACGAUGCUACCAUGACACAGUACCUGCUCGAUCGUGGUGCCGAUCGUAAUACGGUGAAUCUACUUGGAAUGAACUGUUUGCACGUUGCGGCGUUAAAUAAUUUGGCGGGCAUUACGAAAAUACUAUUAGCAGCGCAGGUUGACUAUGAGGCAGAAGACAAUUUCGGACGCACACCGCUGGUAGUUGCACUGGAAGCCGAACAUCUUACCAUUGUAGAACAACUGAUAAAUGGUGGAGCUAGUCCGAAGAGUGUAUUACUUUACCGGUUUAAAAAUCAUCGUAAUGCCACGCUGCUGCACAAGUUUACGCUGGAGAAACGUCCCCGAAUGAUUGAGUAUCUGAUUAAGAAGCUUCAGUUUCCAACAGAUUUAGUCGAUGAUGAUGGUAAAACGGCAGAAAUGUUAAAAGGAGAUGAUAAUUAA